CAUCUUUCCAAAGCAAUCCUGUAGGAAGCGAGGGCGGGAUGUGUUGGCGGUGACGUCUCCGGUCCUUUUGAGCCCACUACCGACAUGGCGUAAGAGGAAAAAAGCGAGUGAGGACGGCGUUUGUGAAAACGGAGUUAUCGAAAGGAAAACCGAGAGGAGACGCUUGAAACCUUUGGAUUUAUGUAGCCUACGAGAAGUGUUUUGUCGGCAAGUUCUGUUAAGUUUGGGUUCCCCUCUGCCGGCUUCGAAGAUGAUGUCAGACGCCAGUGACAUGCUGGCGGCCGCCCUGGAGCAAAUGGACGGGAUCAUCGCAGGCUCCAAGGCGCUGGAGUACUCCAACGGGCUGUUCGACUGCCAGUCCCCCACGUCGCCGUUCAUGGGCGGCCUGCGCGCGCUGCACCUGGUGGAGGACCUGCGGGGGGCGCUAGAGCUGAUGGACCCGGAGGAGCGGGACACGCUGCGCUGCCAGAUCCCGGACUCCACCGCCGAGAGCCUGAGCGAGUGGCUGCAGGGACACCUGACGAACGGACACAUCUCCAUGGGCGGGGACAUAUACCAGGAGAGACUGUCCCGACUGGAGAGCGACAAGGAGUCGCUGGUUUUGCAGGUGAGCGUGUUGACGGACCAGGUGGAGGCGCAGGGGGAAAAGAUCCGGGACCUGGAUCUGUGCCUUGAGGAACACCGUGAGAAGCUGAACGCAACAGAGGACAUGCUGCAGCAGGAGCUGCUGAGCCGGACGUCCCUGGAGACGCAGAAGCUGGAGCUGAUGACCGAAGUGUCCAACCUGAAGCUGAAGCUGACCGCCGUGGAGAAGGACCGGCUGGACUACGACGGGCGCCAUAGGGACAGUGAGGGCUUCCUGCCCCAUGAGCAGAGGGCGGUUCUGGAGACGGAGCUUUCUCUCUUCCGGGACAGGAUGCGUCAGUUCGGGGACCAGGAGGGAUUGAUCCAGGAGAUCAAUGAGCUGAGGUACAGGGUGUCCGAGAUGGAGACCGAAAGAGUGCAUUAUGAGAAGAAGCUGAAGUCCACCAAGCCGCUCAUGGCCAAACUGUCGAGUCUGAAAAUCAGAGUGGGGCAGAUGCAGUUUGAGAAACAGGAGAGUGAGGGCACUAUCCUGACUCUGAAGGAGGAGCUGGGCACGCUGAAGAGGCAGCUGGAGGGUCGGGACGGCGAGCUGAAGAUGCUGCAGGAGGAGACGUACCUGAGGGGCGGCACGCCAGGAGGCGCAGACGGCAUGGAGAGAGAUCUGGAAGUGCUGCGGAUGAAGAAGGCGGUGGAGUCCUUAAUGGCGGCGAACGAGGAGAAGGAUCACAAGAUCGAGGAGCUGCGGGCCGCGCUGGGACGCUACCGCAAGGUUCAGGACAUGGUGAUGUCGGUGCAAGGCAAGAAAGGACAACCGAAAGACCGGGACAGCGAGGAGAGCCACAGCGAGGAUUCGGCGUCGGCGCGGACGGCCGAUUCCGGCACCGCGGGUUUGGAGACGGCCCCUCUAGCCGGCCUGGAGGGGGCAACGGGGCAGGUCGCCGAUGAGCUCAUGGCUUUGGCCCAAGGCUCCGCCGCCGUGCCGAACUUUGACCCGACCGCGGUGGGAGAGCCAGAGCCGGGAGCAACUGUCAGCGACGCGGGCAGCCGGGACGCGCCCGCGCUCCAGGAGUCGCCGGGCAGCGGGUGGCGGGACACGGACCUCACCAAGACAGGGAGCCUGGACGACCUGAUCGCUGGCAAGGGCGAGAAGACGGUGGUGGCGGUUCACCAGACGGCUGCAGAGAACAAGGCGUGUGAGGAGCUCAGUAAGAUCAGCACACUCCCCCCCAGGUCCCCCCCAGCCGCCGCCACCGGCUCCGGCUCCGGAGACGACAGCUUCGGCACCAGGAAGGCCCGCUCCUCCUUCGGCCGUGGCUUCUUCAAGAUCCGCGGGGGCAAGAGGACCGCCAGCGCCCCCAACCUGGACCGCGGCCGGAGUGCGAGUGCGCCCAUGCUAGCGGAGACCGAGAGGGAGGGAACGGACCACCUGGAUUUGGCCGGGCUCCCCCAGCGCUCGGCGGACAGCGACAGCACCCACACCCUGCCCUCCUCCCCGGAGGGGAAGAAGAAGUCCAGAGGAAUCAAGAAGUUCUUCGGGAAGCUGAAGAGAAGCCAGUCUACCACGUUCAACCCCGACGAAGACAUGUCGGAGACCGAGUUCAAGAGGGGCGGAGUCCGAGCCACCGCCGGCCCCCGGCUCGGCUGGUCACGUGACCUGCAACGCGGAAACAGCGAGCUGGACACGCCCUUCGCCAGGUGGACGAGGGAGCAGGUGUGCGGCUGGCUGCAGGAGCAGGGCCUGGGCGUGCACGUGGGCCUGGCCAAGCAGUGGAUCGCGUCCGGCCAGACGCUCCUGCAGGCCUCGCAGCAGGACCUGGAGAGGGAGCUGGGUAUUAAACACCCCCUGCACAGGAAGAAGCUUCAGCUCGCUUUGCAGGCGCUCGGCUCUGAAGAGGACGACAACAAAGGAAAACUCGACUACACCUGGGUGACCAGAUGGCUGGAUGACAUCGGUUUGCCGCAGUAUAAGACCCAGUUUGAUGAGGGGCGGGUGGACGGGCGCAUGCUGCACUACAUGACUGUGGAUGACCUGCUGUCCCUGAAAGUGGGCAGCGUUCUGCACCACCUAAGCAUCAAGAGAGCCAUCCAGGUCCUGCGCCUGAACAACUACGAGCCCAACUGCCUGCGCCGCCGCCCCUCCGAUGAGAACCACGUGACCCCGGCGGAGAUCUCUCAGUGGACCAAUCACAGAGUGAUGGAGUGGCUGCGGUCCGUGGACCUGGCGGAGUACGCGCCCAACCUGAGGGGCAGCGGCGUGCACGGCGGCCUGAUGGUGUUGGAGCCGCGGUUCAACGUGGAGACGAUGGCGGUGCUGCUGAACAUCCCGUCGAGCAAGACGCUGCUGCGGCGGCACCUGGCCACGCACUUCCACCUGCUGGUGGGCGACGAGGCGCAGCGGCUGAAGCAGGAGCAGCUGGAGGGCCCCGACUACGCCCCGCUCACCGCCACCGCCCGGGUCAAGCCAAGGAAACUGUCGUUCGGCAGUUUUGGCAGCCUGCGCAAGAAGAGACAGGAGGACAGCGAAGAGUACGUGUGCCCCAUGGACGUGGAGAUGCCCAAGGGCAAGAGCUUCCAGAGUGGCCACAGGGGCGUGGACCUGUAUGACGACGACCUGGACCGGCUCGAGGAGAUGGAGGAUUCUGAAGGGACUGUGAGGCAAAUUGGCGCCUUCUCCGAGGGAAUCAACAACCUGACGAGCAUGCUGAAGGAGGACGAGUUUUUCAGAGAGGCGUCCGCCGGCUCGCCCGGCUCCGGCGCCAUGGACGACGACUCCAACGUCUGAGGUUCUCGGCCGUCGCCACGGCGCCGGCCCCGCCCACCACCUUCGCCUUCACCUUCACCGUUGCCAGAGCCAGGGCCAGGGCCGCACGCCCCCCCCCCCCCCGAGCGCCAUCUUUGGUAUCGGCUCACUUCAGCCGCCAAUCACAAAGCCAAUCUCGCCUGUGAACAUGCUAGCUUACGCCGGUCACGACCGUGUAUUACAGCGUGCGACUGGCGCCAUUACGCUGACACGAUGUACGCCACAAUCACAUUGUCAAGGUCGUUUUUGAAACCUGCUUUGAAAAAUUCACCGCGCGCAUUCGGGCGGUGAUAUUGCGCCUUUCGUGAGCUGUGAUACGCUGUCGUGGCUGCCAAUGACAGGUCCGCAUCACGAUAGGUCAGUAUGUACGUAGGCUUUAUGGUGAACGGUUCAAGUUGAAGGGGUUACCUUGAAUUUUUAACGGUUUAAAAAAAAAGAUCCUUCGUAUCUCGGUUGUUUGUUUGUUUCUUUUUGCAUUUCAGUUUGUUUUCACCACACACUACGUGGAAAAAGCCGUUGGCCUUGACAGUGGUGUCAACAUGAUGUAUUCUGGCCUUUAAGAGGACGUGAAGCUUUUCUGUGCAUUCUGGCUCCACUCCGGUUGAGCGUUCCACUCACUGUUUACACUGUGUAAACAGCUGAACUUGCCUGAAACCUGUUCACAUUGAUAUGCAAUUGCUGAAAGGAUACCGUGUUGGAGAGAUCCAAGUUUGCCAACCAGCUGGUUACUGGAUAUAUUGGAUUUGUCUACAGUAUGUGCCUCUGUGCCUAUUUUUGUUUAAUUUAGGACAACAACAGGACGUGGGGGCACCACGCUUACAUGGUGUACAUUCUCAAAGCCCGAUCGGAGCUGUUUUUGGGGAACGUGGGGUGAUCGUCGAUGGCCAAUCUGUUUUUUUUUUUUAAACGGGACCCGAUCGUAUCUCGCUGUAGCCCACGGUAACGUGGGAGGGAAAGCAGUUGGCGGCUUUGCUUGAAGCCAGCACAGCCAUUCCCUGUCCCACAGCCUCAUCUUAUUUGCCAAAGGAACGCGCAUUUUAUAUAUUGACCUGUUUCUGAGAUUCGAUGAGUGGACUCGAACCCCGCCCCCCCUCCUCCACGGCCAGACCACGGUGCCAACGCACUCCUUGCCUUCCCGCAGAAAUAGCCACCUGGAAAGGGCUCCAGGUGAUCUUUCUUCCUGAUUGCUGAAGUGGCUAAAGCCCCCCACUCCAGAUCCUUGUUAAGCCUCUCCUCCACUCCUAGCGUUCAUCUGUGCAUGUUUUUGUUCACCCAAGUCAUUAACUCACAUGUAUUUAAUUCAGCUACUUCAGUGUCCUUGCAUGUUAUUUAAACCAGUUGUCAUUUUUUGCAAUGAUCAUUGUGUAGAGACCUGCUAAAGACAUCAUUAUUAUUAUUAUUAUUAUUAUUAUUAUUAUUACUAUUAUUAUUAUUAUUAUACAUAUCUGUAACAGGCUAGCAUACAGCAGAUUUUAUUGGGAUUUUGUAUGUUUUAAAUUGAAAAAGGAAAGAAGUAAGAGAGAUGCACAAAUUAAUACUUCUAUGCAGUCCUUGUUAUCCCAUACCUGUAAAGCAAUUGUGUAUUGUGUAACUUCUGCAUUUUAAAAGUGUCAAUAAAAUUUCAACUCA